GUCAGAGGUAAAGGGUUAAGUCUAAGAACAGGAGGGUGUGUUUAUGUCUUUGACUGCUUGGAUCUCCGAAGAAAGAUUCCAGCAUCAUUUUCAACAACUGCAAACUGAAGAAGCACAUGCUAUGUGAGGAAGGAACAAUUUCAAGGUAAUAAGCCAAAAGCCUCCCAGCCCUGACCUGGCUGAUACAGAUCAGAUGGUGACUGGAUAGCAACCUUCCUAGUCCUGGGUCCAUGAUGUAUGCUACUGCUGACAACCUCACCAACGAAAGAGCUCUCCCAAAGACAUUGCACUGCCAUCAGCUGAACGAAGUCAGGCUGUUGCAACCAUUAAGACCAGUCGAAUUUGCAGAAGAUGAAUACCCACGAAUCGAAUACCACAGAAGACAACAACAAUUUUGGGACCCUAUACGACUAGCUCUGUUCACAUUGGCAAUUGUCGCGAUCACAGGAAUCACAAUUGGCAUCGUCACUCAUUUUGUUGUCGAAGAUGACAAGUCGUUUUAUUACCUUGCCUCUUUUCAAGUCACAAACAUCAAAUACAAAGAAAAUUAUGGAAUCAGGUCAUCAAGAGAGUUUAUAGAAAGAAGUCAUCAGAUUGAGAGAAUGAUGUCUAGGAUAUUCCGACGUUCUUCUGGAGUGGGUAGAUUUAUCAAGUCCCAUGUUAUCAAGAUAAGUCCAGAUGAACAAGGCAUAAACAUUCUUAUAGUGCUCAUGUUUCGAUACCCAUCUACUGAUAGUGCUGAACGAAUCAAGAAAAAGAUUGAAAGGACUUUAUAUCAAAGUCUGAAGAUCAAACAGCUGCCGUUGACUAUCAAUAUCCCAUCAUUCAGCCUCACACCCAUUGACAGCAAAAAGAUGAGAAAUCUUCUCAAUAGCCGAUGUGGAAUAAGAAUGUCAUCUUCAAACAUCCCAUUACCAGCAUCCUCUUCUACUGAACGAAUUGUCCAAGGCAGGGAAACAGCUAUGGAAGGGGAGUGGCCCUGGCAAGCUAGCCUACAGCUCAUAGGGGCUGGCCAUCAGUGUGGAGCCACACUCAUCAGCAACACGUGGCUGCUCACAGCAGCUCAUUGCUUCUGGAAAAACAGAGACCCAAGUAAAUGGAUUGCCACUUUUGGUACAACUAUAACACCACCUUUAAUCAAACGAAGUGUUGGGAAGAUUAUCAUCCAUGAAGAGUACCACAGAGAUAGCAAUGAAAAUGACAUUGCUCUAGCUCAGCUAACCACCCGUGUAGAGUUUUCAAAUGUGGUUCAGAGAGUCUGCCUCCCAGAUUCGUCUAUGAAACUUCCACCGAAAACAAGUGUUUUUGUCACAGGUUUUGGGUCUAUUGUAGAUGAUGGGCCUACACAAAAUAAACUCCGGCAGGCCAGGGUGGAAACCAUUGGCUCUGAUGUGUGCAACAGAAAGGAUGUGUAUGAUGGCUUGAUAACUCCAGGAAUGUUGUGCGCAGGAUUCAUGGAAGGAAAAAUAGAUGCAUGUAAGGGUGAUUCUGGUGGACCUUUGGUUUAUGACAAUCGGGACAUCUGGUACAUUGUGGGCAUUGUAAGUUGGGGGCAAUCUUGUGCUCUUCCAAAUAAACCUGGAGUCUACACAAGGGUGACUAAGUAUCGAGACUGGAUAACCUCCAAGACUGGCCUCUAAAGUAUACUGUUGUGAAUGAUGGCUAUAGCCCAUGGAGCAGGAUGCCUGCAGAUUGUACAGUAUCACUUAGAGUUGUGAAUUAUAGCCACAACCCAUGGAGCAGGAUGCCUGCAGAUUGUACAGUAUCACUUAGAGUUGUGAAUUAUAGCCACAACCCAUGGAGCAGGAUGCCUGCAGAUUGUACGUUAUGGGCAUUAUUACUUAGAGUCACGGGGGUGUAAAUGAGUGCUUCUACCAGAUGUCAAGGAACUCUUCAGAUGGAGAUCAAUUUAAUAUCAUGAGGUGGCUUUUUGUGCAUAAACUUUUACCAAGAAGGAAGAAAACUUAGCAAAUGACAGUCAGCACUGGUACCUCACUCAUAAAAGUGACUCGUUAAUGUGACAAACACAAAUAGCUUCCCUCAGGAUAUAAAGAGCUGCCAGGCUGCUACGGUCUUACCUCAUAUGAUGCAUAGAGCUCUGGGACUCAUCUUACAAACAUCAGCAUCUUCCUUAAGGAUUAAAGACACAAGCAUUUUAGAACUCACGACUGGACAUUCAACUGCUACAAUGAAGGAGUGUGGAACCUGCGGUAAAACUUGAACUCUAACCUGGGUUUGCAGCUGACUGGGAAGAGCGUUAUUCUCAACCACAGGAACUGUCAUCAUUUAAAUGCAUAUGAACUUGCCAUGACACUAUAUAAUGCCCUCAAGCAGUGGCUUUCGGAAGCCAGUUGCAUUGUUAAGAAGCAUUUCUAGCUCACUCUUUUAGCAGUAUCUUGCCAUCCACAUAUCAAUCAUAGUUAGCCCAGCAAAGAGAAAAAUAAACUUAUUAAAAGUAUUUUCCUACUAGUAUAGAAAGGAUAGAAGGAAGCCGAUGAAAGCAGAAUUAUCUGAAAAAAAUAAUUAGUAUCCAGGGCACUCUAAACUUUUGAUGGAAUGUGUUAUUCAAAUAUUUAUUUAGAAAUAUAGACAUAAGCAAAUGGUAGCUGAUGCUUUUAUAAAUUACCAGCUCAUUGUCAAGUUAUAUGUCUAUCAAAAUGUCAGGUGGGAAGUGCCUUAUGUAAAACACUUAGUACAGUGCUUACUAUAUACUAAGUACUAAGUAAUAGUGAGUGUCCCAGCUAAAGGGCUUAACUAUGGUUCAAAUCCUGGUGGUGGGCAUAGUGUUAGUGAGCCCGUAUUGUCUGAGUUAGGCCAGUGGCUCAUGAACUUUGUCUCUGCCAAAUGCAAAGUAUGUGCUUUUAUGCAAAUGACCCAAUAUCUCUCUGUUAAUUAGCUCUUUCAUCUGGAUGGUGUGAAUAAAAAUACUACCUCAUUGUGGGUUUUUGUUUGAGGAUUGCAUGUAUUAAUACAUGUAAAGUAUUUGCAACAACCUCUGCACACAGUAAGUUCUCAGGAUGAAUAAGCUACUAUCAAUAUUAAUGUUCCUUGGACUUUUAAAAGCACUUUGUAUUUUUAAAUGCCCUGCUCCUUCAAAAGACGCAAAUAAUUUCAAAGUACUUUAAGUUUCAUUGUUGAAAAACAGAUGGAAUAUCAGGUUUUCAAAAUCACUUUUAUGUUUCCUGGAUUUAAUUUUGAUCUGUGUCUACUGUAGGCAUGUACUCAGAGGAUGAUGCCCACCAUGCCUGGGGUAAAACUAUAGCCAAGCAUCAGUAUUCACCUCCGGCCCUCAGCUGUGAGGCUUGUAUGUGUUAUUUUGACUUAGCAGACAAAAAUUGUGGCAUAGCCAGCCUUUAAUGGCUAAAAGUUUUGCUUUGGUUUUAGUUUACAUAUAAUUGGUUUUAUGUAACAUUUGUAACUGAGAUUAAUAUAACUUUCAAAGUCUCCGAGUUGCUUUAACUUGCAUCUCAAUGAGCUACGAGCACACAGAAGUCAUGUCUGGUCAUUUAAAAACUUAAAGUUGGGCAUGAUUGAUGUUGGAAUUUUCUUUUAAUUUAAAUAAACUCCUACUUUUGGUAGAUAUGGAAAAGAAAAUCUGUUUACCAAAAAGCCCUUUAUUCUUUCCUUUGUAAGUUUCUAACAAUGGAUACAUGCUUGUAUGUAAUUUUAUUUAUAUUUCAUCAGACUGUGAUAACUUUUUUUAAGUUUUUGUGAAACUCUGUAUACUAAUGUAAAUCUUUCCAUGCUUAGUUAGAUUGAAUUAAAUGAUAAUUUAACAUGAUUAAGAGUAAUAAAUAUAAAGUGAUAUGAAAU